AUGGUUGAGAGAUGGCAUCAGGAGACCAGCAGCUUCCAUCUGCCUGUUGGGGAGAUAACCAUCACACUGGAUGAUGUGGCUUGUCUCCUAGACAUCCUCGUCGCUGGACGGCUCACUCACGAGGAGGAUUUAGAUCAUGACCAUUCUGUAGAACUGCUAGUGACUCACCUAUUGUUUCCAAUGGAGGACGCGAUUGGGCAGGUGAGUGAUUUUGGUGCCUCUGUCACUUUCACGGCCCUGAAGGACCGUUAUGACCACCUGUUGAACAAGUGUAACCAUUUGUUGGAGGAGAAUUUAUCAGAGGAGGAUGAGCAGGAGCUGCGUCGUAUUAGGCCCGCCUGUGUCAAGGCGUUCUUGUUGCUCUUGGUUGGCUACAUGCUUUUUGCCAACAAGAACAACAAAACCAUUAGUCUGUUGUGGAUGCUUGCGAUUCGAGAUUUGGCUAACAUAGACACUUGGUCAUGGGGAGCGAUGUGA